ACAGACGGUAUCUAGUUGGGUGGAACGCUUGCUCACGAGCUCUCAGAUCAAGCAUCAAGGUGUUUAUAAAAAAAGAAUCUCAAAAAUGCCAGAGACAUCUGUAGUAAAGAUGAUCUGGAAAAACUCCAAGAAAGAGCUACAAUUCCCCAAAAACCUUCCUCAGGAGAGGGGGUGUAAGGCGGAAAUAACAACUUGGAUUGUAGUGGUGACGCUGCUGGUCGGCAGUGUUGUUGCAGAGUUCCAUCUCAACCCUGGGAGCUCGGUCGACGGCAUCGUUGUAUUCGUGGUGAUUGCAUUCUUUGGUCUGCUGCUGCUUUUCACUGUGGGCCAGCUCAUGUUGCGGCUCUGCUAUUGCAUUGAAGAGCUGACACACGUUCGUUCCCGGUACGAAAACAGCUUCUGCCAGAUGUUGAAGGACGUGAUGUUGUGCAAUGUCAAGACAUACGUCUUGGCAGCUGUGUCAUUGUUUCUGGUAACGGUAUUGGUACUGCUGUAUGGUGGAACCGUUGUGAAACUUGAUAGACUCACAACUUUGUCAUUGUGCCCGAUUGUUUUGGCUGCGUACUGCGUUGGAAAUCUCAUGAAAAUGGAUGAGAGCCCGCAUCGUGUCAUGCUGCAACUUAAAGAUAUCGGUGGGUUGGACUACGGAAGCGGAAUGGCAUACAGUUUCUUCUAUGGGUACUUGCGGAUGAUGCUUCCUGACAGAGGAGAUCAGAACACUGGCUUAAAGGAAAAGAUUGAACUUUUCUGCAACAAAGAGAAGCUGACGAGCGCCAACUUUCCAGUGAAGAAAUUGUUUGUUUUGAUCCCGGCUUCGGGCCACAUACCGGCUUCAUUGACGCAAAUGGACCACAAGGGCUGGCUGGAUCAGUGCAAAAGUUUGGAGGAGGAAAUAAAAAAUGUAGCAGGUGUAAUGGGGAGAUCAUACAAGAAUUCAUUGUAUAAGAUAAGAGAUCCUAAUCUGAGAAGUGGAAACAAUGAGGUGGUUUAUGUUGUGGCCGAGGGUGCAACACCAAUAAGGACGUACCAUGAGGCUAUGAAGAACGACGCAAAGAAAGGCAGUCAUUUUAUGAAGUACCAGAAGGAGGUUACAUUGAGGUUUUAUACUACAUUGGUGGACAUCAUACAGUCAGAUAAAGACUGUUGCAACUUGUGUGAAAUUAUAUACUACAAAGACGAAGGGGAGAAUGGCCAUCCGGUCAGCCUGUCGGAUGUGCUGAAAGAGAGGCUCUCUGAGAUCAGGAGCAGGCAGGCCAUCAGCAUGGAGUCAGCAGAUGAGAUCGAAUCUGGGAACAUACGGCUGUUGGAUUCUCCCUCUGCCUGAUGAGCGGAUCCCCUGAGUGCUUGAAUUUCUGUUCCUGUGACGUUUGCAUUUCAUCGGCUGUCCCGUCUUAUACAGAAGCUCUCUUUCUUAGUUAAGGAGUAGAAUGGGAAAUGAAGAACACCAUAUUGAAUACAACUGUUUCUAGGUAUGUAAUAAUACAUGUUGUUUCAUAUUAUUGAAAAUCAUCCUUCAUUAAGGCAGUGGACAUAUUAAGAAAAUUUUGGGGACUGUAAAAUAGACUCUGUUGAAAGUAUUAUUACAUUCUGAAAUAUUUAUUCAAUAUUUGCUGCAGGGGUCUCAGUAUUUGAGUAAGUAGUCCAUUAAUCACCUCUGCCAAGGCUCGAUUCCAGGGGCAUGGUCGAACCUGGAUUUUUCGCAAAUGGGAAACACAGUGGACCUUUCCAUGAGUCAUUAAGUUUUCUCAGGGAUCUUUCAUUUCCCUCAUAAAUUAAUUCUGUUAGUUCUUCAAUCUCGUCUCGUCUUGCUUCAUCAUACAUCCACUGUCGUCUGCAAGACUUUAAACCCAUUCAAUCAAAACUUAAUACCAGUGACUACAGGGGGAAUUGUAAAUUGUCUGUAGCAGUUACUUUUAAAUUUAAGCAUUCUGCUUAGUUGCAUGCUGUGCUUAUAAAUUGUAUGGCCUAAAAAGUUGAUAUAAGUAUGGUGUUUUUCUGUUUUUAUCCCUCCCACAGAUUUCCUUUAGUAUUAAGGGGAAUUGGGCCUUGCCAUCUUGGAUUUUUCCACCUUUUAUCUAUAAUCCUAAUUUGUAACCCAAUACUUGCAUGUACUUAUAUAAUAUUUAUAAUAGUUAUCUCUUUAGUUUAUCUACAUUUUUUUGGUAGCUAACCUAUUAUUGGUGAAGCAAAACACCAAGUAGGUGAGUUAUUCCCCAUUUUGAAUGUAUGACAUAUCUUUUUGUAAUAAAUUUAAUGUAAGGUAAAUGAUUGUUUAAAGUGAUCAUUUUACGGCAUAUAGCAUACAUUAGUAGUUGGUAUAUUUGACAAGAAUAAGAGAGUGGCUACAAUUAACUCUAUAAAAAUUGUAGUCAUAGGGUAGCCCGGGGCUAUAUCGAUCAUUUCAGAUUCAAACCCGAAAUUCUGUUAAACUACUAAUAUAUGUUAUUUUUAUAUUAAAGGACAUGACACACAGAUAUCUUAGCUACACAUUAAUAUACUUUAAAGAGUUUCCAAAGCAAUCCUAAUGGGAGAUAAAAAUGUAAAACUUAAUGUGUGUAAAGUACAAAAUUUUUCACAUGUGCGGGGUGAUUCCGAUCAUAGUUGGGGCUAUUGCCGAUCACUGACACUAACAUGUUUUUCAGGUGCACUUUCCACAGAUAAAUUAUUUUUUACCAGCAGCACCUACACAAAUCUCGUGAAACCACUUUUUGCAUUUCUGGCACCGUAUCCAGUAACCUUCUGAUGCACUCUGUUUGGAAAAAUAUCUUAAACCACAUAAGUCACAGGGAACAUUUUCCUCGUCCUCAUCCGAGAUCACAAUGGAAGAUCUUCAUCACUGGUAGAGAAUAUUUUUUUGAUCACUUUCUUCUUUUUUGGCCUAGAUGACAUAUUGGCUGUAGGUGUACUUUUCUUUCUUGAAAUCUUCUUUUUCUUUUUUUUAACUGCUUGUUUGACUCCUUCGUCAGAUGUUAGGUGGCGUGGUCAAGGUUUCUUUCUUGUCUGUUUCCUAGUCUCACAUUUCUGAGGGGUUGGCAUUUCUUCUGCAAAGGGUGACUCAUGUUUUUCAGCAGGAGACAUUGUUUGAAUGGAUUCAUUUGAGGUUUCUGUGGUAUGUGGAAUUGAGUGUGGUGUUGCAGCUCCAGAGGGCCCAGCUUCAGAAGUAGAACCAUGCUGAGAAUGCUCCGCAGUAAAGUGCAAGGAUGGUAAGAAUCUGUCCUCGGGAAUAGCAUUUGGAUUAUAAGGAAAGAUCCCAGUACACUCAAACCCUUUCGUGGCAUAAGCAGGAGUUGCACUUCUCAUCCAAGCUUCUGUUAAUAUGUGGCCAAAUGCAAACUUGGUAAUGCAACCAUCUGGGUGAUUAUGCAGGUAGUUAGUAGCAGCCUGGUGGUAGAACGUUUUCAUUGGCUUGAACACAGCUUUAUCCAGAGGCUGAAUAGCAUGUGUCGUGUGGGGAGGGAGGCACAAUAGUUUGAUUCCAUUUUCCCUGAAAAAUUGUAGGCACUGCAAUGAACAAUGUGAGACAUGUCCAUCUAGAAUUAGGAUGCAUCUCCCUUGAACCCUAUUUUUCUGAAAAUGGUGUAGCCACAGUAAAAAUACUUCCUCGUUUAUGUAGCCUGACUCUGUCAUCUCUACAGAAGAGCCUGAUGGCAAGUCUUUUCUGUACACAUCUUUAAACCGCUUUCCUUUAAAAAUGACAAAUGGGGGUAUCAACAUGCCACUGGCACUGCAACAGACCACUACUGUAACAUUUUCACCUCUUUCCACGUUUGUAAUUUUAAUAACUUCCCUUUUGCCUUUCUCUGCUAUUAUUUUUGAGGGGUUAUUGUUCAGAGGAAAACCAGACUCAUCAACGUUAUAAAUCAAUUGGGGAUUGUUCAGUAAACUGAGGUCAAUUGAAAUUUGGAUGUACAAAUUAUAGAAACCCUGCACAGGCCCUUUGGUCAGUCCUGAAGCCCUCGCCUUGGACAGACCUUCAGGUUUUCUCAACGAAAUGUCGGGGUUUCUUUUCAUGAAACCAGCAAACCAGUCAGCACCAGCUUGUUUUGAAGUUCCCCAGGGGUUAGAAAUAUUCCAAUGGUCUGCAUAGGCAAAUGCCGCUUUUCUCACUUGUAAAGGUGUUCAACCAAAACCUCUAUUAGCCAAGUCCUUUAACCUUUCUGCAAGCUCCUUUUCUUCUCCUUCCGAGAAAACAGUUGGGUGUCCAACAGACUUGUGGACUUGCGGUUCACUCUCUUUUAGUAGGUCAUCCAUUCGCUUCAGUCGUGAGGUUGAAACCCUGUUCUGUAGUGUCGUUAGAGGGAUGUUAAAAACCUGCAGCAGCACAGAUCCCAAGGUCACCUUUAAGAACACUUGAAAUAGCCCUGCUCAUAUCAUCUUCCGACCACUUCAGGCGAUUUCCUUUGCGUAUGUAGUUACGAACCAUCUGGAACAAUAAAAUGACAUAAAACAUUCAAAGAGACAUUAAUUCAGGUAGGCCAUAAAAAAUUUGUUUCAAACAAAAUUACAUUAACAUUUUUCAAAAGUAGCCUAAUUAACGAAUGAGAAGCUAUGGCACGACCAUUUAUAUCGUUUGUCACAGCAACAAUAAGAUGGAAUUAAUUGAUAGUCUCUUAACACAAGACGAGUGGUUUUACCAAGCAAUAGUUUAUGCUGAUCCUAAACCAAUGGGUACCUAUUAGCAUUACGUAGGUUUAAUCAGAUUUUAUACAGCAUAAUUUUUAACUGUAUAUUAUACAUGGUUGCUUACUUAAAUAGUAAUCGUUUCGUUGGUUAGUUUUGGCAACAUUUUGCAUAAUAUUAAUGAUAAUGACAUCUGAAUAAUUUUUCUGAACUUAAUAUUAAGAAAAAAAUUUCCUCGGCUCAGGCAGGGUCCGAACCCAUGGCGUCAAGAUUCCGAGCCGCGCAUAAUACCAUUUCAGCACCGAAACAACUGUUACUCCAUUAACAUUAAAUGUAAAUAUGAAAAUUUUUGUUUAAAGAAAGCAAUUAUUUAGCAAAAUACAAACAAAAAUAGAUCAUGUUGCAUUACUUUAACAAACAUUAAAGGCAAAACUUAAUUUUUCAGCAGAUUUUAUAUGUUUUUUUUCUGUUUACUGAACACCUUUUUAUAGACUUCAUAUGAAUUCUGCCACAAUUCUACGAUUUUUCAAAUUAAUUAAUAAGUAUAAUCAAGUGAUUAGUCUAGCCUCAGUAUCAGUGUUCAAAAUAGCCCCGAAUGUAACCAAAUUAAAAUUAAUUAGCCACCCUACAACCACUCAGAACUAUGACAAAACGAAAAUGUACAAUAAAACGUAAGUCUUGCAAGUAAACACACCUGAUUAACCCACUGCGAAAAAUUAGGUGGUUUAAGAGUUAUGCCUUAAUUUGUAUAGCUAAAAAGUUUAACUUGGCUAAAUUAUUCAGUUGUGGUACAUACUUUCACCGAAUAAAUCCAACGUCGCAGCCGAAUCUAAGUAGCAACUGCAGACACAUUACAAUAAACUUCUUCCGCGACCCUUACCUAACAACUGUACACAACAUGGCGAAGCCAAUGCGCAAGAUAUGUGCGCAGUGUGACAAAACACUUGGUGUGUUCGAAAUAGCCCCAUGUUCGAAAUAGCCCCGGGCUACCCUACAUUUUAUGUAAACUGAAAAAAGGUGUAGAAAAUAUACUGACUGCAAGAUUCACGCUUACAUUCACAAGUGUUAAACCUAGAAAAUAAUAGGCGAAGGAUGUAGUAACCAAUCUGUGAUAAGUCUUUUGUCCCCAGAUUUUACUGUGCCUUUGUUGUAACUAAAGUGUAAUUUGUAUGUAUGGUGCUACCAAUAUUGUUUUAAGCUCAGCCAUAACCAUCUGCUAUGCCAAGAUUCCUUUUGGAGAUUUUCCUACUUCUUACAGAUUAUUUAUUAUCUGUAGUGAUUUUGAUGAUGGAAAAAGACUGUAAUAAUUUCCUUUGUCCAUUACCAAAGUUUUACAAUUUUUUUUUAAUUUGAUAUGU